AUCAGCACCUUCGAACGACUUAGGUAUCCUAUCAGGCCACAGGAUACGAGAAAGCCUCCUCAACGCUCUUUCGAAUACUUCUUACCCAUAUUACUUCACUAUGCUCUCUGGCAGACCGGCUUCGAGAUCCUCAUGGCCCGUUGUGCCAGUAAAUGAAUCGACUCUAACACCCGUGUUGACCUUAAGGGGCCACAAAUACAUUACUACUCGAUCCAUAUCCUACUUUCCGGACGGGAAGCGGAUAAUCAGCGGGUCAUGCGAUAGGACCAUCUGUGAAUGGAACAUAGAAGCGGGCAAGGAAAUCAAGAAGGCGCGGGAUGUUUGUAAGCAAGAGGUACAUGCUGUGGGGGUAUCAAGGGACGGUCGAUGGGUUGUCUCUGCAGGUGGGGAUUACAGCGGGGAACUCAAAGUCCGUGAGGUUGAGACGGGAACCGUGAGAACAUUCGAACUGACAAGUGGUAUUAACUGCAUCGAUAUCUCUGGGGACAGCACACUACUAGCGAGUGGGUCAUUGGAUGGUACAACACGGAUAUGGAGCUUGGAAACAUGCAAUCUCGUAGCUGGUCCAUUUAAAAGUAUCAACUGGGUGGACGCAAUCCGAUUCUCGCAAGACUCAAAAAAGCUCGCACUCAAGUCAAAUGGGGGGAGCCGCCUCGAAGUGUGGGAUGUCCAAUCACAGAGAUUGGUUGUUUACAGAGAAGGUGACUGGGGUUUGGGAGGUGUGCCAGUGUUUUGGACUACCAAAGACACAGCCAUCGUAACCGCAUUCAGCUUUGAAGUUGCCCAAUUUCAAGUCAAGACGAUCUAUGAAUUUGACGUGUCUACACUGGAGAACACCGGGGCCCCUUUUGAAGGACACACCCAAACCAUCACCAGUAUAGCACUUUCACUCGAUCAUGCUCUCCUCGCCAGUGCUGCUCAGGACAACACCAUCAAGCUUUGGGCCUUUGAGUCCCGCCAGCUCCUCGCCUCAUUUGAUAGUUGUUCUACCAUCUGCCACCUUCUUUUCUCGCCCGACUCGCGCCAAUUAGUUUACACCACUGCGUCACUGUUUGGCAACAACAUUUACUUAUGCAAUACUCCCCCUGAGAUCCUCGCUAACAUCCAGCCAGUACCACAAGAUAGAACUGUUUCUUCUAGAAACCUAUUCCUCGCUGAUGUACUCAUCCCUUACUUCUCAUUUAUACCACUCUAUUAAUCCCCUUUUUGCAGUCUGGCACGCUCUCUCACGCCGUGAAUCGAUCUAGCGAGGCCCUACCAGAUGCGCAAGAGCGCCUCCCUCUCUACUCUCUACC